AUGAUUACUACAAUACCCAUUUCUCUUCAUUAAUCAACAGAUAGAACAGGAACUACUUAUAGAUUUGAAAAUCAAAAAUAAUAAAGCAUGAAUCUCUUACAAAGAGUUAAAUAACAUUUAUAAUAUAAGUCAGCAACAUUUAAGACAAAAAGGGAAUGUGUUAUUGAUUCAUAAUAAUUAGACAAACAUGUCAAUGAUGAAUUAAAUAAUAAAAAAUAUGUAACAUCUAUGGAUAAUGAUGAUAUAAAUCAUCAAAAAUUGAUUGACGAUUGUGUUAGAGAUAUAUUAAAAUUUAAUAAACCAGUGUCUAAUGAAACUGACGCAUCCCCAAUAUUCAGAGGUAGUUAAAGAUCAUCUUUUUCAUAAAUUGGAAAGAGUGUUCCUAAAAAUAGAAUCAAAAGAUUAUCAUCCACAAUUCUAGUAGGACAAAUGGUCAAAAACAAAGGAUUAGAAAAGCCAACAAUAAACUAAAUAAAAUAAUAACAAAUAGAUAAAAUUAUUAAAUAAGAGAGAGAUAGAAAAAGCACUGACACUAAUCCNUGA